CUUCCUUCUUCUCGGAGGACCUGGGCUCUAUGGUCAGUGACGAAGAAGGGCUUCUAUUCUGUUGGCGCUUGCGCGAUCCAUGGUGGUUCCGCAUGCGCGCUGGGGUUGAGCGAAGCGCACGCUGAGGAGAAUCGGCGGCUGCUACGGGUGGACCGAUCUGAUCUCUCCGAUUAACGAGCGCGGCGCGGAACCCCGGCGUAGGAUUCACACACAUACCUCAGAAUGCCGGGUCUAAGUUGUAGAUUUUAUCAACACAAAUUUCCUGAGGUGGAAGAUGUAGUGAUGGUGAACGUAAGGUCCAUUGCUGAAAUGGGAGCUUAUGUCAGCUUGCUGGAAUACAACAAUAUCGAAGGCAUGAUUCUUCUUAGUGAGUUGUCCAGAAGGCGUAUUCGUUCUAUAAACAAACUGAUCCGAAUUGGCAGGAAUGAAUGUGUAGUUGUCAUUAGAGUGGACAAAGAAAAAGGAUAUAUUGAUUUGUCAAAAAGAAGAGUUUCUCCAGAGGAAGCAAUCAAAUGUGAAGAUAAAUUCACCAAAUCCAAAACUGUUUACAGCAUCCUUCGUCAUGUGGCUGAGGUGUUGGAGUACACCAAGGAUGAGCAGCUGGAAAGCCUCUUCCAGAGGACUGCCUGGGUCUUUGACGACAAGUACAAGAGACCUGGAUACGGUGCCUACGAUGCAUUUAAGCAUGCAGUCUCAGACCCAUCUAUUUUGGAUAGCUUAGAUUUGAAUGAAGAUGAACGGGGAGUACUCAUUAACAAUAUUAAUAGGCGUUUGACACCACAAGCUGUUAAAAUUCGAGCAGAUAUUGAAGUGGCUUGUUAUGGUUAUGAAGGCAUUGAUGCUGUAAAAGAAGCCUUGAGAGCAGGUUUGAAUUGUUCUACAGAAACCAUGCCCAUCAAGAUUAAUCUAAUAGCUCCUCCUCGGUAUGUGAUGACUACAACAACGCUGGAGAGAACAGAGGGUCUCUCUGUCCUCAAUCAGGCUAUGGCUGUUAUAAAAGAAAAGAUUGAAGAAAAGAGGGGUGUCUUCAAUGUUCAAAUGGAGCCCAAAGUGGUCACAGAUACAGAUGAGACUGAACUUGCAAGGCAGCUGGAGAGGCUUGAGAGAGAAAAUGCAGAAGUGGAUGGAGAUGAUGAUGCAGAAGAAAUGGAAGCCAAAGCUGAAGAUUAACUUUGUGGGAAAUAGAGUCCAGUUUAAGGAACACAAAGCAGCCUUUCCUGGCUGUAAACCCUAGACUUGAAAGUUUUCCAGUAUUGAAAACUUCAGAGCUAAAUAUUUUUUAUUUCCAAGUAUUUAAAUGUUCCAACAGACCAAAACGUGAAAUGCCCUCCUAAAUGUCAGCUGUUUUCACACAGUAGCUCCAAGGCAUUGAGCAUUUUUUAAGGGAGUGGCCUAAUUUUACUAGAGACAAGUCUUGAAGCUAAGAACAGUCAUACAAUUGGGCUUUUGAUUUCCGCUUCUGACGUCUUCAGAUUGGCGAUCCUCUGUAGUUCAGUCAGUGCCUCCAUGAGAUUUCCCAGGAGCACCCAAAGCAAAUAGUUCCAACCUUUCUAUAUAAAAUGUAUCGAGCAAACAUUAAAUAAAUUUCUGGGAUAUUUAACUAUAGGCUUCUUCCUUCUUGUCAUCAGUUAAAAGCAUAUUUACUAAGAUCCUAAUUCAAUUGCCUUCAUUUUAGUCUAGAUGUAGAAAUAUAAGGGCAGGUGACCAAAAGAUUAGCAGAUCCUUUCAAAAAGAAGGUUUAGAGAAAAUUUAAUUUUAAACACAAGAGAAAGUAAACCAUUGGGGGAAAAACCUUAAGAUGCAAUUAAAGAGUUACAUUCGUUGUGUGCCUUUACCUAUUUGAGACUGAUGACAACGUGGUGUAAAGGAGAAUUUACUACACCAGUUCUUUUUGGUGUACUAAGCUGCUUGCCUUGAGUUUGUAAUUCAGGGUGGUAAAUAUUUUUUUAAAGAUGCUGCCUCUUUAGUUAUUUUGAAUCUCAUGACCCAACUUUCUUUUUUUUUCCCCACUAAAAUAUGCACUAGGUGCCACCUAGAGCCCCAGUUCUCUUUAUAAUAGAAUAGGGAUGUUCAAACACAGUUACAGUAAUUUUUAUACAAUUCCACCAUUUUUAUCUUUAAGAACUAAUUAUGUUAAAGGUAUAUAAAUGUAAAAGUAAAUAAUAUAAAAGGAAAUAAAUUUAACAUGGCUUGAAAUUACAGCUACAGUAGCUAUUGUAUAGAAAGUACUGAGUUAUUUUGGUCUGCUUCAAAGAUUUAAUCUCUUAGAGUCCUUGAGAUAUUAGAUAUAUUAACUAUAUUAAUUAUUCCUAAGAACAACUAUUUAAAUACUUAGAAUAUUAAGUCUAAUCCACCCUAAUCAAUCCAGAACUAGACAAUUCAAUAUUAAAGGGACUGGAAAAUCAAGGAAAAUUGUAACAUAUGUGAGGUCUCUGUUCAUUUAAUUUAGCAGCUUCUACUAGUUUUUUAAAUCCAAACAUCUAACUUAGUAUGUCCAUUUCCACAAGGGAGCUGUGAUUGCCAGAUAGCAUGCCAUCCUGGGACAUUGAGGGAUGCACUUAAAAUCGGCACAUAAUAAAACAAAAGUUUUGAGGAGUCGAAAAACAAGUCUGUAAAGCUUGCAGCAUCAAAAUAUAACUGCUCCUUAAAUGUUGGCUGUGAGCAGGGGAAUUGAGUUGAAUUUUCACUUCAUUUACUCAGUUUUUUUACCCUUUAAAAGCCUUAGCUAUUGAGAAGUACUGGUGACCUCUGGUGAGUGAUUUUAUCCCAUGCAGGCCUUUUGCUCAGUUCUACCACAGUUUUGCAAAUUUAUGACCUUUGCCAGAGGAAAGAUCAAUAAUAUGAAGGAGAAAAUUAAAGCAUACAUAUACCCUGACCCAAAAGCAUCACUUUCAAAUAGGACAAAAUAAACAGACAGCUCCAAAACAUGGAGAACCAACUGACAGACAAUUGACUAGUUUAUCCAGACUUUGGCUCUCUCCCCAUAAAGCCUCUUCAUUAAAAACUGACCAUUUCGUCUGCUCCCCAGUCUGCCUUUGAAGUCAAGUGGUUAACUCAUAUAACUGAAUAUUAGCAAUUGUUUGGGUCUCAUAUAUCAACUGAAAAAAGCGGCCAAGAAAAAACACAUUAAAACCAUUUAUCAAUGUUUUAUAGUAGAACAAGACAAAUACAUGUGUGGGUAAUGCUCUGGGAACUACAAGGAAAUGCUAAGUAGUACAGUUACUACUCAACUGCCAUACUUAAAAACUUUCCCACCUAGCUAAUUUUAUAUCAAGAACAAUUUUUAAGUGGUUUGGGACUUUUAAAAAUUCAACUGCUAUUAAGUACCUUGGUGAGAGCUGUUCCUUGAUUAGCCUCCAGGUGAUGAUCAUCUACUUUGCAGCGCAUGGUUUCAAUAGUUCCUACACGGACCAGGAUGCAGUUAUGCCAACUGGGAGUCAAGAAGCCAUCAAACCGAAUGCAGUUAAUUCAGAUUACACCUGCUGAUAUUCAAAAAGCAAUAAAGAAACCAACUCCAGGAACAUUAGGCCUUGGUGAAAUGCCAAAUGGAAAAUGGUGCUUUAAAAGGCAGUCUCUUACAAUGUAAGGGAUAAAGUAAAAUCUCAUUAGCUUGGAAUAACUGAUCAUUCAGGUCAGGUAUUCUAGACAAAAUGAUUAAGAGGGGACAGUUUAUUUAAGAGGGUUAAGUUUUUACUUAAGCACUUUGGAAGUAUCUACUCCCCUUAAAUGUAAGAUACAUAUCUUACCUGUUCAUUAAAGGAGGUCUAAGCACUUGUACUCAGCAAGAAUGCUGGCAGUAGCUCAGCUACUGACUACUGACUGUAUAAACUUGAAAGUAAUAAAAUGUUUUUAAAGAUACUGUA